CCUAGCAGCAGUUGCUUUUAUAUGGUUAAUUAGGAUUAUCAGAGAAAAUGGGGUUCAGGCUGGUCCUUUUCUUGUGUUUCUUUGCAGCUGUUCUCAGUGGUAAACUGGAAGAGCUGCAACUGGAGCCGGAUCAGCCAUUACUGCGUGUGCCGGUCUCUCAAGAAGCCACUGUGCGCUGCUGCUACCGCUGUCAAGAUAGCCCUGAGGUCAACUGGAUCAAAAAUACUCCCACCAUCAAUGGCACCACAAUGCCUGACUUGGUAAACUUCACAGAGAAUGUGAUGCACAAACCAGAGGGUGAAAAAGAUGGAGUUACAUGCCAUUCACUGGUCUUCAAAAGCGUCAGUGUCAACGAUAUGGGCCUGUACCAGUGUAAACUCAAGCACGGUUUGCUUACCUUUUUUUCCCAUGGCACCUUCCUUCAAGUAUACUUACCUUUGGAGAAGACUUUGAACCUCAGCGAGGGUGUGAAAAACAGCAUUAUUACUGUUGAAGGAGUGUUGCUGCUGAUGUGUGUGCUGAUUCCGGGUACCAUGCUCCUCUGUAAGUCAAAGAAGGUGAAUAAACUGGACAGGAAGACAGAAAGGGAGGAAGAGAAUAUCUAUGAGGGUCUAAAUCUGGAUGACUGCAAUUCAGCUUACCAUCAGAUUCAGCGCUCCAUUCAGCAAGGCCCUUAUGAGGAUGUGGCUUGUUGUGAGGAAGACAUUCAGCUGGAGAAGCCUUAGCUGGAGAUCAAGAAACAGGGAAAUAAGCAACACGCAUGCGGAGAGUGUGUUGUCUGAGAUAAAUGGUUUAAUUUCAGCAUUUCAUUGUUGUCAGUGUGUUUUUGGCUGUUGGAUAGCUUGAACAUUGUUUGUCUCUGUUUAUGUUUUGCAAAGAUAAAUUAAAUAUGUCUG